GUGCUCUCUAGUGUUGUAUUUUACUUUGCAAUAUUAAUAAAUCAAAGUCCUUUGUCUCUCUCCUAUAUAAAGGGUCUGUGAUUCAACCGGCAGAACCAGCAGAACCUUUGUAUCCGGAUGAAACUGACUGAUUGGACUUUGUUCUGUUCACAUUCUGUGUCUGUUUUUAUCUCUUAUUAGCUCAGUGAUGCUAAUGUUAGCUUUGGUCACUAGCUGAUCAUAUACCUGUCAGUGUGCAAUGGAGACGAGCUGUGUUUCUGACGGACUUUGUGUGAAGAAAUAGUGAAAUAUGUCCCAGAACGUCCAGAUUCUGAGGUCAUUGGUGGAGCAGAGACUAACUGCAGCUGCUGAAGAGAUAUUUGGGCUGUUUGAAAGAACCAUAGCAGAGUACGAGGAGGAACUUUGUCGAACUAAAGAAGAAAACCUGAGACAAAGACAAAUACUGGACUGUGUUUGGACCCAGAAAGACCUGAUACACAAAACAGAGUGUGCUGCAGACGUCCGUCAGCUGUUGUUGGUUAAAGAAGAGGUUCCCUCCCAGCAGCAGGAGCAGAACCCCAGUCUGGAAGAGGACCAGGAGAACCCAGAAGACCCAGAACUCCCCGACAUUAAAGAGGAACAGGAGGAACUGUGGAGCAAUCAGGAGGCUGAUAUAACUAAGUUCCCAUCAACUCCUGUUGCUGUAAAGAGUGAAGAUGAUGAGGAAGCUCAGUCUUCACAGGAGGAAGAGAAGCUUCGAGUUCAGAGGCUGAAAGUGUUGAUACAACAACGACUAAACCUGGAUUCUGAAAUGAUACUGGGGCUGUUCGAGAGAGCGCUAGCUGAGUACAAGGAGGAACUAUUUCGGUCAAAAGAGGAAAACAAGCAACAGCGAAAACUCCUGGAUACCGUUCUGAAUCCACAGGUCCUGUUAAACAGAACAGGUUGUCCUCCAGACGUCCAUCACCUGUCAGUGGUUAAAGUAGAAAUUCCCCUUGAGCAACAGGAGUGGAGCUCCAAUGUGGAUCAGGACCAGGAGGAUCUAGAACCACCCCACAUUAAAGAGGAACAAGAGGAAGUGUGGACCAAUCAGGAGGCUGAUGUCACCAAGUUCACAUCCACUCCUGUCCUUGUGAAGAGUGAAGAUGAUGAUGAUGAGGAAGAUCUGUCCUCACAGCUUCAUCAAAGACAAACUGAGGAGAAAAGAGAGGAAGCAGAUGAAGUGGACUGUGAAGGAUCAGAACCAGCAAGAAGCUUUCAUCCAAUUAGAUAUUUACAAAGUUCUACUGAUGAGCAGAUUGAAGACUCUGAGGAAACUGAGGACAGUGAUGAAGAAUGGACACCGAACACGGAACCUCAGAUGCAAUUUAACAAAAAACCAAAGCUUAUAGCCAACAGGUCAACUGAACAGAUGGAAACAGAAUUUGAGGAAGAGGACUGUGGAGGAUCAGAACCAGACAUUAACCUCAUUCACAUGAUAGACUUAAAAUAUAGAAACGUCCAAAGCAGUAAGUCCAAGUCCAACUGUAAACGAACUUUCAACAACAAGAGUUAUCUGGAGAGACAUAUAGACACGGACAAUGGAGAGAGACUGGUUGGUUCUUCUGAACAUGGAACAACAUUUUCUAAGAAGACAAACAUGACGCAAGAUGUCAAAACAACCGCAGAGUUGACAAUGAAUAAUGACUUUACUGAAAGUGACAUGGGGAGUAAAGCGAAACAAUACAGCUGUUCUGAAUGUGGUAAAACAUUUGGAUGGAGGUGUCAUUUUGUGCAACAUAUGAGAGUCCACACAGGAGAGAAACCAUUUGAUUGUCCAGAAUGUGAUAAGAAAUUUACCCAGAAGUCCACUUUAUAUAGACACAUGAGAAUCCACACAGGAGAGAAACCUUUCAGUUGUCCAGUUUGCCAGAGGUGUUUUAGACAUAAACAGGUACGACACGCGCAUAUGUUAACCCACUCUGAAGAGAAGCCAUUUCAUUGUUCCGUAUGUGGUAAAGAUUUUUUCAUGAAGGCACGUUUUAGUAGACACAUGAAAAUCCACUCAGGAGAAAAACCUUUCAGCUGUUUAGUUUGUCAGAAAAGUUUCAUACAUAAAAAUGAUCUACAGAAACAUAUGGUAAUUCAUUCAGGAGAGAAAGCCUUCGAAUGUUCAGAAUGUGGUAAAAAAUUUACGAUGAAGUCAAACCUACUUAUACACAUGAGAAUCCACACGGGAGAAAAACCAUUCAGCUGUUCAGUUUGUCAGAAAAGUUUUAGACAUGAACAGACUCGACAGGCCCAUAUGUUGACUCAUUCAGAGGAGAAACCAUUUCAUUGUUCUGCAUGUGACAGAAAAUUUAGUGUUAAGGCACGAUAUAUUAGACACAUAAAAAUCCACCCAGGAGAAAGAAUGGCUGGUUCCUCAGAAUGUGCAACAUUUUCUCACAGGACAGAUGAAACGUAAAACAAAACGACUAUUGUAAAAUAUUUGCAUGAAGUCAAAAUGGAUUGAACAUAUGAGAAUCCAUUUAGAGUGAAACCUGUUGGCUGUUCAGUCAGACGCAUUUCAGCUCUAAACAUUAUGAUCGGAUACAUAUGAUGGAGGAAAUGUGUUUAUAAAGCCUAUAAUUACAUCCAGUUAUCCUGGAAUUCAGAUCCAGAGGGUGCUGAUAUGAACAGAGGCUGAGCUGAUGAGUCUGUCUAAUCUCUGACAGAUAACGACUUCCGCAGAUCAUGAAUUUGGAGUUUAUUCAUACAUACAGGACAUAUGAAUGUGGGUCCUUUAGUAACAUGAAAUUACAGAGAAUGUCUGACUGGUAUGACAAAGUUGGAAGAAUCAAACUCACAACCUCUGGGUCAUUAAGUUUGUUAUUGCUCAACAGUUAAGUCAACAUGUGAAAUGACUGUUGAGAAUGUAGUUCAUCUGAUAUCUCAACAUGAAAAAGGUGGUGAAAACUUUCCUCUAUAGUGAUUUCCACUGCGAAAAAGACACUGCCUGUUGAUGUAUUUCCAAAUAAUUUAUCUGAAAUUAAUCAAAUGAUCUCAGCUUUUGGGGGUAAAUUAAAGCCAAAGAUUAGAUUUCAGACAAUGUCACUGUCUAAGGAUAAAGUUCGCUCAGCUUUACUCUGUUUUGAAGACUCACAGAGCAGCACAGUUGUGUUUUCUGGUUUGCUGUUCAUAAUCCUGAAUGUGAUGCUAAAUGUAUGGAGGUAAAAGUCAAAUAAAUCUACAUUCACCGGUCACUUC